AGCGCACCUCCACCACCUGCCGCGCCGGCCGGCGUGCCUCUUUCCUCUUCCUCCGGUCGUUCCCCUCCCUCCCGCAUCGCAUCUCGAUUUUCUGGGCGUGGUUGGGAGGGCCGGCGAGAGGGUGACAAACGGACAGAUCCGGGCCGCGGCUACCGAACCCCAGGGCCAUGGGAUUCCUCGAGGACUUCCAAGCAAGUGUUGAAGCAUUGCCAGCUAUGCUGCACAGGAACUAUUCAUUACUGCGAGAGCUGGAUAAAAGUUUGCAAGGUGUGCAGCUGGAAAAUGAGCAGCGUUGUCAGCAAGAAAUAGAGGACAUUAAGCAUGGGCUUGAAUCCAGAAGUAUUACAUUUGACCCAGCAAAACUCAAGUUUUCUGAUGAAGCGACAGAGGAGCAGAAACAUUGUGUUAGAAUUGCUGAUGAGAAGGUUGCUUUAGCUACUCAGACUUACGACCUGGUUGAUGCGCAUAUCCAACAGCUCGAUCAAUUCAUGAGAAAGCUUGAAGAACUUCGACAAGAAAAGGAGGCAGCAGCAGCUGUUGCUGCAGGCACGGCUAUUGCUGCUACUGCUACUGCAACUGCAACUGCUAGUGCCGGAGCGUCAACUGCUGUUGCUACUCCGAAAAGUGGAAGAUCUGGCGAAAGAGGCAGAGGGGGUCGGAAGAAGGCUAAGGUACCCACUCAGCAGCCAGGGCCGGCUAUUGAUUUAGAGUUGCCUGUGGAUCCUAAUGAACCCACGUACUGCCUCUGCAACCAAGUCAGUUAUGGUGAGAUGGUCGCUUGCGACAAUCCUGAUUGCAAGAUCGAGUGGUUUCACUUUGGAUGCGUGGGCUUGAAAGAGCAACCCAAGGGAAAGUGGUAUUGCCCGAAUUGCAUCGGAUUCCAGAAGAAGCGAAAAGGCAAAUGAUAUUUGAUCCUCAUGGAUGCUAGGAGGUAGGCCUUGGUUGUUGAAUGUUGAUGACGAUGGCCGUGCAUGCUGUUGUGCUCCGACAGGGGUAAAACGUUAUUGCUCACAGUUCCUUGUGACAGACAGUGAUUCCCAUUGUUGUUUCAGUGAUCGUGUACAUGUUACUUCUAUGUUGCUGAGGAGUACCGAAGACCUAUUAGGUUUAGGACUUUGCAAUUAUGCAAUGCAGGCGGUGUGUACGUUGCCUUUUGGAGAUUUGGUAGGCUGGGUUUGUAAUCUGCCGCUCGUACGGGCUUCAAUUAUGUCAUGUACAGUUAGAUCUCCUUACCGUCCGCUUUACGCGGUGCUUUUGAAGAGGAUGCAGCAUUUUGUGCUC